GCUGAAAUCACUUCAGACGCACUGGAACCGAGCUAUCUUUUCCAAAUAAUAUUCAUGUUUAGCACAGUUAGCACUUCAUUUUGUUUCAUCUUUUGAUACGAUGAGGUGGAGUCGCCAAUGGCCUCUGCCUUUGUAGAUGUUGUAAUAACAAUGCCAGAGAAGAGCGCCAGUAUCCCCUUCACAGGAACUUGGGAACUCCUCAAAUUGCGGCUUUGGCUGUAAGUAGUCUGGCUAACUAUUUUACAUUACCAAUAGGCUAUUCAUCUCUAUCGAUUAAUGUGCAAGUAAAUAUGUUAAAGAUCAUGCUACAAGGUGAUGGAUAUGCAUUUUAAGACUCCCCCAGAAUCUAUCCCGAUGGAUUAUUAACAGUGCAUUUUAGCCUACCCCAUUUCUACAUGUCUUCUGGACAGAUAAUGGAAACGCUUCGGACGGUGUUGGUCGCGCACUGCUCAAGGAAGUAUCUUUAGGCUAAAAGAUCUGAGCACAGACGGGGACAUCAUUUCUGCGUCCGAUACUGCGGCAAUAAGGAAAACAAAUAGCAUACUUUUCAUCAACAUAUGAGACGUUUUGAGACGCUAAUAAUGAACACAACAAUGGAGCACACUGGAAUUGAAGAGGUAAACCAGACACACCAGCAGCACGAGCCCAUCAGCUUUGGAAUAGACCAGAUUCUGAACAGCACGGACCAGUCGAGCAGCUGCAUGCUACCCAACCGAACCAGCGACACGGAUUACACGCUUGCCCCAAACGUUUACACCAAUGGCUAUAACAGCGUCUAUAACCCGGCCUGCUCCAUGGCGGCUGGACUCGCAGGUUCCUAUAACGUGAAUAUGAACAUGAAUGUUAGCAUGAACAUGAACGUUAACGUUAACGGUGGGAACGCCGGUGGUGUUAUCAGGGUGCCGGCUCACAGACCCAUGCCACCGAAUCCACAUCAGUCCCCGACUACUCAUCCACCUGGCCUCGCGGCUGGCAUCCCCUCAGUGACUUCAAUGGCAAGUAUGGGAAAUGCGGCAAACUUUACCUUCCCGUGGAUGGAGAGCAGUCGAAGGUUCGCAAAGGACAGACUCACUGGUAAGAUUCACCUAAACUUCUGAAAAUGUAUGUUUCUGUAGACAAAAAUUAUGUCACAAAAUGGGAACAUUGCUUCGUGGAUUUCCCCAUAGGCCUAUCAUAUCUGAUAUAUCCUUUCCAGUGGAAAAGAGGUUCAAACUUCAAUAGAAUUCGUUAAAAAGUUCAGAUUGAUUUGUUGUUUUUUCAGUUUAAACCACAUCCUUACAAGCAGGGCAUAUGCCUAAGCAAAACAUUGUAUCAUCUUCCUAAGCAAAACAUUGUAUCAUCUUGACGCUGUCUGUGACAGACUCAUUUAUCAAAUCAUAUGUGCGACUGGGCAUAUGGCAUGAGGAAUUCGAUUUUACACCAAGGCCUGUCUGUAUGUAUCAUAUUAGUUCAUUUAAAAGGCAAGUAAAUACUUGCAGGUAUUGUUAUGAAUAUAUGUUGUGUACAUUUGUAUAAUUAUAUGGGUAUAAUGUCAACCGUUAAGAUUGUCUUUCCCAUUUAAUAGGAGGGGAAAAUGUGAUAAAUCACUGGCACCCUAAUCAAAAUGAUAGCUCUCCAUAACCUACAAAAUGGAUGACAUGAUUUGAAGAGAUUUCUCACUUUCAAAUAGAACAGAUUUAUUUCUGAAUAUAAAAUGUACCGUCCAACACCAUCUGAUAUAUUUUAAUAAUAACAACAUCAUUAUCAAUAUGCUAUAAUAAAGUUAAUAGGUUAAUGCAAUAAUAGUAAUAAUAAUAAUAAUACCCUAAUAAUAAUAUAAUAGCCUUUUUGUGAGUAUUGCUGUUGUUAGGCUAUUAGGCCUAUUAUUAUUAUUAUUACUAUUAUUGCUUAUUGUAGCAGCCUAAUAACAAUAUAACAAUUUGCUAUAAUAACAACAAGAAAAACCAACAGUUUUCUAGCUUAUUAUUAUCAUUAUUAGGACUAUGAUACAUUUACUUUUUGAGGCAUAUAGUAGCUAAGCUUUGUAGUUGUGGCAAAUAGGCCUACUCUUGCUCCAAUACAGAAUAGGUCAUAAACUAGCGAGUCAGUCUACUGCAAGGCAGGCAUUGAUGACGCACUCCUGCAGGUGGGUUAUGUAAAUAAUUGUGUCUGGGCUCUACUGGCCUAUUCACUAAGUCACUAUUUAGGGCUAUAGUUGAGUAUACAGACGACUAAAUAGAGAGAAGAUCGCGACACUGUCACUAACAACGGACAAAAUUGUUAUUUUUCGUGUUUAGCAUAGACAGGCUUUUUUGGCAUUUCCUUUUCCACAUUGAAUGUCAUGAUAAUAAAUACAAAUCUAUAAUUUAUUUAUUUAUUAUUUCCCCUUUAUUUAACUAGGCAAGUCAGUUAAGAACAAAUUCUUAUUUACAAUGACGGCCUACACCGGCCAAACCCGGACGACGCUGGGCCAAUUGUGCUGUGCCAAUUGUGCUGGGCCAAUUAUUCUAUUCGUGUAGUCCUUGAAUAAAUAAAUAAUAUGCCAUUUAGCAGACGCUUUUAUCCAAAGCGACUUACAGUCAUGCGUGCAUACAUUUUUGUGUAUAGGUGGUCUCGGGAAUCGAACCCACUACCCUGGCGUUAUAAGCGCCGUGCUGUACCAGCUGAGCUACAGAGGACCACACAUACAAGCUGUCUUAAAUGCUGUCUUAUUUGAAUGUAACUAUCUUCAACACAGUGUGGAACAAUUAUCCAGCUAUGUCCAGACUAAUUGAACCAUUGAAAUAAAUAAAAAGGGAACAUAAUUGUGACAAAUUCUCUACAAACUUUGAAGCAUGGCAUUUAAACAUUUAGCGUAUGGCCCGACUUGUUUAUUUCCUCCAUAAACCUUUGAAUUUACAUUUAUCUUCACCAUUGGGGUGUCAAGGUAAAUUAGAUGACAUUGCGAACGCUUCAGGUUUCACCAAAUGUAUUGGCCUAUAUAUGUGACACUGGCUGGUGUAAUGCAUUAUCUAUCUAGUAUCGUUCACAAAAAUAAAUGAUUUUUGCUGUAGGCCUAAGCACAAAUGAAAUGGCAUUAUUUAUCUUACUCAAGUUCAGAUUUCUCUUAUCUUCACGCGCUUUUAGUUUAAGCUAUCAUAAGACCCUAUUAUUGCGUAUAAUAGGCCGAUACAGUUCAGGCAUUUAAUCUGUAGAAGAAUAAUUAAUGAAUCAAAGUAUUGUGGCUGGGAUUGUGAAUAGGACCUAGGCCAUACUGUAUAUCAAUGCCUACAGGUCCUGAAUCAUUUGACCAACGCUUUUCUAGCAUUUUGGGAAAUUGGGAAGUGGCAUUUGGUUCAAAAUCAUUUUUCACGCAGGCUCUGGUGUUUUCGAUUAGCCUAGAAAAAGGCACAACACUAAAGGUUGCAUGGGUCAUUAUAGGCCUAUAGGCCUACAGUUUAAUAUUUUCUAAUUCGAGGAACAUUUAUUUUAAAGAUUAUGGAAAGAGAAGAAAGGGGUAGUAACUUAUUACUGCCGUGAAAAUGAAAUCGUAAUUCGAUGGCCAGCUUUUGGACUGUACAUUUUACAAUGACCAUAACCUCAGCUCCCACACCGCCGAGAGAGGAGAUAUUCUGGCAUGACGUCACCACCAUGAAGCUGAAAAUGAAGAACAUCAUGGAUUGGCCCGCAUUAAUUAUUAACAAUGCUAUAGCGCUGUGCUUUCCUCAUUAAUUAUUUAAACCAGAGAACAGAUAUGUAAACUGUAAAAUAUAUUGUGUAAAUAUGCGUAUCAAUUGUGUUCAUAGUCACAAAGGGCCUCUCGUUUAAUUUGGUUUAUCUUUGGUGUUGGUUAUGUAGCAUCAUUAUCACCCACCAACAAAACUAGCCUACUAUUCUAUUAGGCUAACGUUUAUUUUAAGUGAUCACUUUUUGUUAUCAUUUGUGAUUAACAUUUGAGAAAAAGGCCUAUCUUGAGAUUUAUUGAAAGUGUUUGAAGUAUUUACAGUGUAGCCAUUUGUCAACAUUGUUUGAGACAUUACUUGUUUUAAUCACACAUCGUAGGCUAAUAUUCGGAUGUUUUUGCCAUCGAUUUUCAUUUGAGUUAAUCAUUUUUGAUAAUAUCAUAGGGGCCAAAUUGUAUUUCCACUUUUAAUAAUCACAAAUACAUUUAUUUCGGGAACCCUGAUAGGCCUACUCGGCUCCAAAAUAUAGGAAAUUAGUUUUAGUUGCUGGGUGGGCUUAUUUCAGCAUUCAGCACCAGUCUUUUCGGUUGACCUAGCUUAAAUGAAUAUCUCAAACCUUAAAGCGUUUCUCUGGAUACGUGAAAUAGACAUAUCCUUUUUAAAAUAAAUUAUUCCCCUAUGAUAUUGAAUUGCAGCGCUGCAUUUCACCGCAAGUGUCAAAGCAAGUGAAACAGCGAACAGGCCUAACAUUGGAGAUGUGAUAUUCACAACAGACCGGACAGAUUGGGAGGCGCUGAAAGGGAAGAACACAUGUUUUUUUGUUAAUUGACUUCUUGGCAGUUUGCAAGUUUCAAAAAGCAGAGAACUGCAUAAACAGAUUUGUCCCUUCAAGUCAACAAACAGAGUUGUUCUUAUGGCUCUAUAGGUUCUGUGGAAAUUGGCUAAUUCAAAUAGAAAUGUAGGCCCUUGGUCUGUUGUUGGUGGCAUAGCACCAGAGCCAUUUAAACUUUUACAAUAUCUGCAUGUAUUACCACAAAAACAUUAUAUCCAUACUGUAUUACACUAUAAUCUUGAAGUGAGGUAACAAAGAAUAACCAAUCUAUACCCCUAUAACCAAUGUUUUUUGAUGAGAUUUCAGCAUUAGGAGAGUUGAUAAGUGGUUAUGAUUAUUUAGAGAGCUAUAAAUACCUUAAAAUAACAUAUAAUUACACAAACCACUAACAGAUAUAAUAUGCCAUUUAGCAGACACUUUUAUCCAACGCGACUUACAGUCAUGCGUGCAUACAUUUUUUUGUGUAUGGGCGGUCUCGGGGAUCGAACCCACUACCUUUGCGUUACAAGCGCCGUGCUCUACCAGCUGAGCUACAGAAGACCAGUUGUAAGUACUAUGUAAUGUGUACUGGGAUUACAUUGUACCUGCUUGUUGUACCUGUGCAAUGUCCCAUAAUGGCCAGUGAGGUUAGAGCAUGCUUUAUGUUAAUGCGUAGAGUAAAUCUAAUUGUGUUCAUAUAGUAGUGUUCAAUCUUAGUUAGAAAUAAUGACUUUCCUCACAAAUAUAUUAAUUUAAUGAUGGCUACAGUAAUGGGAUAUUAAUGGGGAAAGCCGUACUGUUUUCUCUAGAAGUUGCUUCUAUUCUCAGCCAGUGUGGCAGGGGCAAGUGGCUCUGUUUUGCCUCACAGGGUAAUAAAUAGCAAUAUAUGUUCAUGUUAUAUUUCAAUAUCCCCGUUAGAAUCCUUUACGAACAUAUGUAUUAGAUUGCUACACGCGUAAUAUCCGCAGUGGGGAAGAGAGGCGCUGUCACAGCAAGGUGUUAUUAAGUAUAAGUGGUUUUAUUACAUCUCUACGGUAGAAUUUUAUAUUUUGAUAUGCUUAUGCUAAAUCAUAUUACCCAGGCAUCAGAUUUAGUAUUCUCCAUAAUUUCCUUUGUCGUCCCUUAGAAAAAAUAUAUUCUCACAGAUCAAUUCAUGCAAUGUUUUCUUGAAAACAAGAUACCCACCUUUCAAAUAAAAAUUAAAUAAGACCAUUGAAUGAAAUCAAAUGUAUAACACUUAACACUUUUGACCAUAUUCCAUUUUAUCUCCUUUAAGAAAUACAUUGAUCUUGGGAAUUUAAUGGAGAUGUGGUAGUCAAGUGAAAUGUACUAUAGCCUCUGUGCCCAUAUUUGGUCUUACUCAGUUAUGGGAAACAGUAUUUUCUUCAAUGAAUAAAAUAAUUGUGGUAAUUGUCUGUGUGUAAACACUCUGACAACAACUUCUUGCAAUAUGGGCUGUAAUUAAAAGCAAUCACAUCAAAUUAUAAAGACUGUUACUGUAAAGAGGCUGAGGGCUAAAUUUAACUAACUGCCUUGUUCCAUAAAUGUCUGCAGGUUUUGAUAACAGACAGGUGUGUUCUGGGCUCUCGGCACACUGCUGCAUUUAGUGGAAUACUACAACACACUCGGCUCUUUAUUUUGGAAGCUGGUCAAAAAUAGCAACAUCACAGACAAAGUAAAACAAAAACCUAUUUUACAAUGUCUAGACCUUUUGUCUAAUGUCUUUUGUUCUAUUGUCACACUAAUUAGUCAAUCAUCAUCCAUAUUAAUAUUGUUACAUUUCAAAUGUUUCAACUGUUUACUUGGAAUAGAAUUAGAGUUAGGUUGAAGGUUCCCUUUAGCAUGUUCGACUGGAUGGCAGUCUGUUUGCUUGUUACUCUUGGGUUGCAUAUGAACGUGCUUGAAUGUGCCUGGUCCAUUAGCUGGUCCACAGAUGGCCUGAAAUAGAAGUCUAAUGUGGUAUUAUCUGUACCCAGACCUGCAUUUUGAGCCUGGAGCAGACAUGCUUGCUCCAAAUGUGUGACCUAUUCAUUUCUAUCCUCAGGCAAUGAAGGGUUGGACCCUCUCUAGAUAAAAAAAUAUGUUUUAACACAGCACUUACAGUCACUGCAAUUUUAUUGCAAAUGUACCCAAUUUACAUUUUUAAUGUAUUUAAAAAAAAUAAUGUGUUAAUUAUUUAUUCUGCCAUUUAGGUUUAUAACUAAUUAGAGAGGUUGGGAGUGAUUUGAAAUGAUUGUUGAGUGCAUUAUGUGGCUUGUGUUUCAUUUGUAUUUUAUCUCAUUUCCAAAGUGCCUCAGUGGAAAAUGAAUUUUGAUUGCUCACACUGAAUUCAGGUUGCUAAAUUCUCAACACAGUACCAGUGGUCCCCCAGGACACAUAUGGAGAUGUUUUCAUAUGCAUUUUGGCUCCUGGUGAGCUCUCUGACAGAAGCAGACACAUAAACAUACUGUAAGACAACAGGCAGACAGCUUGUGAGGAACAGGGAAGCCUGCUCCCGAUCCCUUCGACAGAAAAGUCUGUUUUACAGGUAAUGGAUCUAUGACAAUAAGGCUUUAGAAAGGAUCUAUAUCCAAACAUAUUAUAUUACAUUUAUGAAUGUUCUGUUUACUCAUGCCUGAGGCUAGGGACAGGGGGGGCGGGGGGACAUGUUAAGAACUGUAGCGUGCACAUAUCGCCUAAGUUACUAUGUUUGACUGGAUAGGUUAAAAAGCUAACUUUAAUGAUUCGGCAUCAAACCAAAUGUGAUACUUUUGGCCUAACCAAUCAGUGGAAUGGUCCUGUAUGGUUCUGUUGGUAAAGCAUGGGAUUAGCAAUGCCAGGGUUGUGGGUUCAAUUCCCAGGGCUACCCAAAAGUGAAAUGUAUGCACACAUGACUGUAAGUUGCUUUGGAUAAAAGCGUCUGCUAAAUGGCAUUUGUUACAAAUCGUACUAAAUGACAAAAAAAAAGACAAAUGUAACAAAUCCCCAUCUUGACAAAAUAGCAAUGAGAGGUACUUCCAGAGUACCUUCCCCAACAGCUCCAUGUGGGUCCCUGACUGUGUCUCCCUUUCUUUAGCGGAGCAGGCAGAGGACAGACAAGCAGGAGACCCCAAUGGGAGGCCAGGAGCCCUCCCGGCCCUGCCAGGCCUCUGCCCUCUCCCCAAGGGGGACAUCAGCAGGGUCCCUACCUGGAGCUCUAUGGAGACAUUAGCCAAACACUAUUACCCCGAACUCGCUCACCUGCGAGACACUGGCCCACUUGCAGACUAUCCCUUUCGAAAGGGUACUUGUCCAGGUGAGUCACUUCCCUGGUCUUCUUUUACAUGUGUCCUUUAUCUUGACCUGGUUUGUCUUCUCCUGGUUCCCAUCAGGGGUGUUAAAGUACCAAAAUGCAUAGCUAGGUCCAUAGGACAAAACUGUAUGUACUGAAAAACUGUAUGCAUUAGAUAAGAGAAAAACACAUGAAUAUAGGACUGUUUUAACCUUGUAAUCAUAUUACAAGGGGCAAUAGCCAGUGAUUAGUCAUUAAAUGUUGGCUAAUUCCUGGUAAAAAUAAAUAAAAAGAUAGAUGAUGAAAUAUUGAAUUGAGUUAGGGAUGGACAACAGAAUCAACCUUAUAACAUGAGUGAUCAUGCAAGCUAAAUAUAUGGCAAAGAAUGGUAUAAUAUGUCAGAGAAGGUUCUCACUUGACCAAGGUUAAUCUCUGGAAAAACAAACUUAGUCUCUCUCUCUCUCUCGCUCUCUCUCUCUCAGCAGCCCUUUCUCCCUUCUCUGUGACCCGGCGCAUCGGCCACCCCUAUCAGAACCGGACGCCACCCAAAAGAAAAAAGCCCCGCACCUCGUUCAGCCGUGUGCAGAUCUGCGAACUGGAGAAACGCUUUCACCGACAGAAGUACCUGGCGUCGGCGGAGCGCGCCACCCUGGCCAAGGCCCUGAAGAUGACAGAUGCACAGGUCAAAACCUGGUUCCAGAACAGAAGGACAAAAUGGCGGUAGGGGCCCAUUACAGCAGCGCAUUACAGCAACACACUUCUAGACAUCCUUUAACACUCUCGGUAUUUACACUCUCAGUGUUAAUGUUUUUUAACUGUCAAUUCCCCCCCCCCCCAAAACUGCUUUCCAUUGUUCUUGCUGCCUGAUGUUUUAUGCAUUUUGGUACAUCAGAUUGAUACAGGAAGUGUCACAAAGUAACAACUAGGCAGCUGUUUAAAUUAGAGUAUGGUAUGUGAAUUGCUUUGCUUGAGGUGAGCAAGCUUUUGUGAUGUUUUAAAGGAAUAUACUAUAUAUUUCUGUGGUAGAUAAUGUGCCCAAGGCACAGUGAAACACCUUUUUUGCUUAGCUUAGCUCCUACUUAUUAUAUUGACCAACUAGUCUGAAUAAUUGAGUGCACUGUCGAUGGCAGAAACUCUUCCCCCUAAUUCACUCAAAUGGUUGUUUAUGGUCAUUUGAAAUAAAUGAGUGGACAUUCAAAUUAUAAUGCCUUACCUUUAUUUAACUUUUGAUGACAAACAAGGAAUUAAAGGGAAUGCAUGUACUGUAGUAGUUGUUCCUGUAUAUAUGAGUCAUCUUGUAUCAUAUACUCUGUGAUCAGAUAAUGGUCAUUCAGUGAGAUCCAACUGAUCUGGCUGACCAUCACCUGAUAUGGACAAGGAUGUUUUGUUGUUAUCCAUAUUGUGAACAACACAUGGGGUCGAAGGUCAUUAAAUAUCGUAGGAAAUCCAAUAGCAAUAAUUGGAGGUGUGAUGUGCCGUCAUUGUAAAUAAGAAUUUGUUCUUAACUGAUUUGCCUACUUAAAUAAAGGUUCAAUAAAAUUAAUAAAUACAAACUUUGAAAAGCUGGCACAGGAUGCAUUUCAAUACCAGGUGUAAAAGUAAAGCCUGGGAUCCUAUUUCAAUAGGUAUUUAUAUGCCAGGUGUCAACACAGGGCCAUGUUUUCGACGGAAACAUGAACAAAUAAUGGCUAAAUUGCAUAUAAUGUAUAACCAGGGAAUUGGCUAACUCACUUUCCUGAUUUCCAAGCUAGUUUUGAUGUGAUUUUUUAUAUUUCCCCAUAGUGUGUUGAUAGGAUGUGCAUGAAGGAUGUAUUUGUGCCACAGCUACACUAGUAACAAGCAAAUGAUCAAAUGAACAGCAGCGAAAUCGGAUUAGGAUAAUGUAGUUAACAAUAACGUGUGGCUAAUGGAAGGAGGAUGGUAUUUAUGAAACAAUAUUUUAAAGGUGUUUUUCUGACCGUGUUGCACAUGCAGGCCUAACCGUCACAUGGAAAUACACUAUAUAUACAAAAGUAUGUGGACACCCCUUCAUAUUAGUGGAUUUGGCUAUUUCAGCCACAACCGUUGCUGACAGGUGUAUAAAAUCGAGCACACAGCCAUGCAAUCUCCAUAAACAAACAUUGGCAGUAUAAUGGCCUUACUGAAGAGCUCAGUGACUUUCAACGUGGAUGCCACCUUUCCAACAAGUCAGUUUGUCAAAUUUCUGCCCUGCUAGAGCUGCCCCGGUCAACUGUAAGUGCUGUUAUUGUGAAGUGGAAACGUCUAGGCGCAACAACGGCUCAGCCGCAAAGUGGUAGGCCACACAAGCUUACAGAACAGGACCGCCGAGCGCUGAAGCGCGUAGCCCGUAAAAAUCGUCUGUCCUCGGUUGCAACACUCACUAUCGAGUUCCAAACUGCCUCUGGAAGCAACAACAGCACAAGAACUGUUCGUCGGGAGCUUCAUUAAAUGGGUUUCCUUGGCCGAGCAGCCACACACAAGCCUAAGAUCACCAUGCGCAAUGCGUCAGCUGGAGUGGUGUAAAGCUCGCCACCAUUGGACUCUGGAGCAACUGUAAAGCUUGUUUGAGGAGUAAUUAUGGUCUGGAGCUGAUUUUCAUGGUUUGGGCUAGGACCCUUAGUUCCAGUGAAGGGAAAUCUAAACACUACAGCAUACAAUUACAUUCUAGACGAUUCUGUGCUUCCAACUUUGGGGCAACAGUUUGGGGAAGGCCCUUUCCUGUUUCAGCAUGACAAUGCCCCCAUGCACAAAGUGAAGUCCAUACAGAAAUGGUUUGUCGAGAUCGGUGUGGAAGAACUUGACUGGCCUGCACAGAGCCCUGACCUCAACCACAUUGAACACCUUUGGAAUGAAUUGGAACGCCGACUGCGAGCCAGGCCUAAUCGCCCAACAUCAGUGCCCGACCUCACUAAUGCUCUUGUGGCUGAAUGAAAGCAAGUCCCCGCAGCUGUUAUAGCAGCAAAGGGGGGACCAACUCCAUAUUAAUGCCCAUGAUUUUGGAAUGGGAUGUUCGACGAGCAGGUGUUCACAUUCUUGUACAGACAGCAUAAUAUCCAUGUAAGAAUGACAUACAUCCAGGGCCGUAACCAGGGUCUGAGUUUUAGUGAGGUCCUCCUUCCAAUACAUUUUAAGAAAGUUGAAGCUCAUUUACUGCAUUUCUAUACAAUUUAGAAACUCUAAAAUGCUAUUUGGAGAACAGCAAAAACAAGCAAAAAUGACCCCAGCCAUUAUCACAUUGGUUGCUGUAGCUUCAUUCACCUCAGUCGAUCUACAAACACAUAGCCUACUAGCUAUACAAUUAGCCGCUACAUAUUAACUGACAUUAAUUCAGCACCGGGAUUAAAAAGUACAAUUUAAUAUGCACAAAGGGAUCUGUUAGCAGAAAAAAUAUUUUAUUAACAAAAAGUGAAAUAAAUGAGUUUGCUUUACAGAUUAAUUUUGUUGUUGCAAAUUUCCUGCAAUUCUACACAUUUUGCCGUUCUUUCAGAAAGUAUUCAUACCCCUUGACUUAUUCCACAUUUUGUUAUGUUACAGCCUGAAUUCAAAAGCGAUUAAAAAAAAAAAAAUCCUACCCAUCUACACACAAUAACCCAUAAUGACAAAGUGAAAACAUGUUUUGAGAAAUCUCAUUUACAUAAGUAUUCACACCCCUGAGUCAAUACUUUGUAGAAGCACCUUUGGCAGCGAUUACAGCUAUGAGUCUUUCUGGGUAAGUUUCUAAGAGCUUUCCACACCUGGAUUGUGCAACAUUUGUCCAUUAAACUUUUCAAAAUUCUUCAAGCUCUGCCAAAUUGGUUGUUGAUCAUUGCUAGACAACCAUUUUCAGGUCUUGCCAUAGAUUUUCAAGUAAAUUUAAGUCAAAACUGUAACUCGGCUACUCAGGAACAUUCACUGUCUUCUUGGUAAGCAACUCCAAUGUAGAUUUGGGCUUGUGUUUUAGGUUAUUGUCCUGCUGAAAGGUGAAUUAAUCUCCCCAUGUCUAGUGGAAAGCAGACAGAACCAGAUUUUCCUCUAAGAUUUUUCCUGUGCUUAGCUCCAUUCCAUUUAUUUUUUAUCCUGAAAAAUGUCCCAGUCCUUAACAAUUACAAGCAUAUCCAUAACAUGAUGCAGCCACCACUAUGCUUGAAAAUAUGAAGAGUGGUACUCAGUAAUGUGUUGUAUUGGAUUUUAUUUUUUAUCCUGAAAAACUCCCCAGUCCUUAACGAUUACAAGCAUAUCCAUAACAUGAUGGAGCCACCAUUAUGCUUGAAAAUAUGGAGAGUGGUACUCAGUAAUGUGUUGUAUUGGAUUUGUCCCAAACUGACAGUACGUUCGGAAAGUAUUCAGAACCCUUGAAACAUUUUUUUGUUACGUUACAGCAUUAUUCUAAAAUUGAUUUUGCAAAUGUAUAAAAAAUAAAAAACACUUAUUUACGUAAGUAUUCAGACCCUUUGCUAUGAGACUCGAAAUUGAGCUUAGGUGCAUCCUGUUUCCAUUGAUCAUCCUUGAGAUGUUUCUACAACUUGAUUGAAGAACACCUGUAGUAAAUUCAAUUGAUUGGACAUGAUUUCGAAAGGCACACAUCUUUCUAUAUAAGGUCCCACAGUUGACAGUGCAUGUCAGAGCAAAAACCAAGCCAUGAGGUCGAAGGAAUUGUCCAUAGAGCCCCGAGACAGGAUUGUGUCGUGGCACAGAUCUGGGGAAGGGUACCAAAAAAUGUCUGCAGCAUUGAAGGUCCCCAAGGACACAGUGGCCUCCAUCAUUCUUAAAUGGAAGAAGUUUGGAACCACUGAGACGCUUCCUAGAGCUGUCCACCCGGCCAAACUGAGCAAUAGGGAGAGGAGGUGACCAAGAACCCGAUGAUCACUCUUACAGAGCUCCAGAGUUUCUCUGUGGAGAUGGGAGAACCAUCCAGAAGGACGACCAUCUCUGCAGCACUCCACCAAUCAGGCCUUUAUGGUAGAGUGGCUAGACGGAAGCCACUCUUCAGUAAAAGGCAUAUUACAGCCCGCUUGGAGUUUGCCAAAAGGCACAUAAAGGACUCUCAGACCAUGAGAAACAAGAUUCUCUGGUCUGAUGACACCAAGAUUGAACUCAUUAGCCUGAAUGCCAAGCAUCACGUCUAGAGGAAACCUGGUACCAUCCCUACGGUGACGCAUGGUGGUGGCAGCAUCAUGCUGUGGGGAUGUUUUGCAGUGGCAGGGACUGGGAGACUAGUCAGGAUCGAGGGAAAGAUGAAUGGAGCAAAGUACAGCGAGAUCCUUGAUGAAAACCUGCUCCAGAGCACUCAGCACCUCAGACUGGGGCGAAGGUUCACCUUCCAACAUGACAACGACCCUAAUCACACAGCCAAGAAAAUGCAGGACUAGCGUCAGGACAAGUCUCUUAAUGUCCUCGAGUGGCACAGCCAGAGCCUGGACUUGAACCCGAUUAGAACAUCUCUGGAGAGACCUGAAAAUAGCUGUGCAACGACGCUCCCCAUCGAACCUGACAGCGCUUGAGAGAAUCUGCAGAGACGAUUGGGAGAAACUCCCCAAAUACAGGUGUGCCAAGCUUGUAGCGUCAUACCCAAGAAGACUUGAGGCUGUAAUCGCUGCCAAGGAUGCUUCAACAAAGUACUGAGUAAAGGGUCUGAAUACUUAUGUAAAUAUAAUAUUGCAGUUUUUCAUUUUUAUUACAUUUGCAAAAAUGUCUAAAAACCAGUUUUUGCUUUGUCAUUAUGGGGUAUUGUGUGUAGAUUGAUGAGGGGGAAAAAAACAAUUUAAUCAAUUUUAGAAUAAGUCUGUAAGGUAAGAAAAUGUGGAAAAAGUCAAAGUGUCUGAGUACUUUCCGAAUGCACUGUAACACUUUGUAUUCAGGACAAAAAAAGUUAACUGCUUUGCCACAUUUUAUUACUUCAGUUCCUUGUCGCAAAUAAGAUGCAUGUUUUGGAAUAUUUUUAUUCUGUACAGGCUUCCGUCUUUUCACUCUAUCAAUUAGGUUGGUACUGUGGGGUAACCACAAUGUUGUUGAUCCAUCCUCAGUUUUCUCCUAUUACAGCUAUUAAUAUCUGUAACUGUUUUAAAGUCACCAUUGACCUCAUGGUGAAAUCCCUGAUUGGUUUCCUUCCUCUCCGACAGCUGAGUUAGGAAGGAUGCCUGUAUCUUUGUAGUGACAUGGUGUAUUGAUGCACCAUCCAAAGUGUAAUUAAUAGCUUCACAAUGCACAAAGGGAUAUUCAAUGUCUGUUUUUUGGUUAGUUUUUUUACCAAUAGGUGCAACCUAAUCUCAGAGCUUUUCGUAUUACUCUGUACGUAAAUCCGAGAAACUCAAUUUAGUAUGAUAUGUUAUGUUUUGUAUGGUAUGUAUUAAUUUGUGGAGGUCCAUUACCCAUUCGUAUGAUAUGUUACGAAUUAUAAUUCGUAUUAUAUGUUACGAAUUUGCUAAAGGUUCAAAAUGUUAUGGAUUUGCAAAACGUAUGAUAUGUUACAAAUUGUAGCUAGGUGGCUAACGUUAGCUAGGCUAGGGGUUAGGGGUUAGGGUUAAGUUUAGGAGUUAGGUUAAAGGGUUAAGGUUAGGGGUAAAAGGGAUAAGGUUAGGGCUAGAGGAAGGGCUAGCUAAAAGGGUUAACGUUAGGUUUAGAAUUAGGGUUAGGGUUAGCUAACAUGUUAAGUAGUUGCAAAGUAGCUAAAAAGCAGUAAGUAGUUGAAAAGUUGCUAAUUAGUUAAAAUGCUAAAGUUGUCCAUGAUGAGAUGCAAACUCGCAACCUUUGGGUUGCCAGAUGUUCGCAUUAUCUGUAUUAUGUAGCCAUACCAAACAUAACAUAUUAUACUAAUUUGAGUGUCCCGGAUUUAAUUUUACUAUGUUACGUCUAGUCUAUGAGACCAGGCCGAUAGGUGCCCUUCUUUGUGAGGCAUUGGAAAACCUCCCUGGUCUUUGUGGUUGAAUCUGUGUUUGAAAUUCAUUGCUUGACUGAGGGACCUUACAGAUAAUUGUAUGUGUAAGGUACAAAGAUGAGAUAGUCAUUCAAAAAUCAUGUAGUCCAUGCAACUCUUUAUGUGACUUGUUAAGCAAAUGUUUACUCCUGAACUUAUUUAGGCUUGCCAUAACAAAGGGGUUGAAUACUUAUUGACUCAAGAAAUUUCAGCUUUUCAUUUUUCAUUCAUUUACAAAAAAUGCAAAAACAUAAUUCCACUUUGACAUUAUGGGGUAUUGUGUGUAGGCCAGUGACCCCACAAAAAAUCUCAAUUUGAUCCAUUUUAAAUUCAGGCUGUAACACAACAAUGUGGAAAAAGUAAAAGGGUGUCAAUACUUUCUGAAGGCACUGUAUGUAAUGUUAAUAUGAUAUCUGUGCGAGAGUGACUAACAAAAUCAAUGGGGGCCCCUUGGAGAUCAGGGCCCCUGGGCAUGUGCCCUGCGUGCCUGGUGGAAUAUUAAGCCAUGAUUACUACAAGUUUAGAUAGCUGGCUAGACUAACUAGACUAAUUUACCAAUCAAAAAUGUUUUUAUUGACAUGGGCUAAUUGAGUGACUGUCAGUGAGUGACAGAUAACAAGAGGAAAACUGCUGAUGCAUAACAAAGUUUCGAAAUAGCAGCUUGUGUAUUCUACUAUUCGAACUUCUAACAGUAAGUUGAGACCCCAACUGAGUUCCCCCCCCCCCCCAAAGAAAAUAUUUAAAAAAUAUAUAUUACAUACAGUGGGGAGAACAAGUAUUUGAUACACUGCCGAUUUUGCAGGUUUUCCUACUUACAAAGCAUGUAGAGGUCUGUAAUUUUUAUCAUAGGUACACUUCAACUGUGAGAGACAGAAUCUAAAACAAAACUCCAGAAAAUCACAUUGUAUGAUUUUUAAAUAAUUAAUUUGCAUUUGAUUGCAUGACAUAAGUAUUUGAUACAUCAGAAAAGCAGAACUUAAUAUCUGGUACAGAAACCUUUGUUUGCAAUUACAGAGAUCAUACGUUUCCUGUAGGUCUUGACCAGGUUUGCACACACUGCAGCAGAUAUUUUGGCCCACUCCUCCAUACAGACCUUCUCCAGAUCCUUCAGGUUUCGGGGCUGUCGCUGGGCAAUACAGACUUUCAGCUCCCUCCAAAGAUUUUCUAUUAGGUUCAGGUCUGGAGACUGGCUAGGCCACUCCAGGACCUUGAGAUGCUUCUUACGGAGCCACUCCUUAGUUGCCAUGGCUGUGUGUUUCGGGUCGUUGUCAUGCUGGAAGACCCAGCCACGACCCAUCUUCAAUGCUCUUACUGAGGGAAGGAGGUUGUUGGCCAAGAUCUCGCGAUACAUGGCCCCAUCCAUCCUCCCCUCAAUACGGUGCAGUCGUCUUUGCAGAAAAGCAUCCCCAAUGAAUGAUGUUUCCACCUCCAUGCUUCACGGUUGGGAUGGUGUUCUUGGGGUUGUACUCAUCCUUCUUCUUCCUCCAAACACGGCGAGUGGAGUUUAGACCAAAAAGCUCUAUUUUUGUCUCAUCAGACCACAUGACCUUCUCCCAUUCCUCCUCUGGAUCAUCCAGAUGGUCAUUGGCAAACUUCAGACGGGCCUGGACAUGCGCUGGCUUGAGCAGGGGGACCUUGUGUGCGCUGCAGGAUUUUAAUCCAUGACGGCGUAGUGUCUUACUAAUGGUUUUCUUUGAGACUGUGUUCCCAGCUCUCUUCAGGUCAUUGACCAGGUCCUGCCGUGUAGUUCUGGGCUCAUCCCUCACCUUCCUUAUGAUCAUUGAUGCCCCACGAGGUGAGCCCCAGACCGAGGGUGAUUGACCGUCAUCUUGAACUUCUUCCAUUUUCUAAUAAUUGCGCCAACAGUUGUUGCCUUCUCACCAAGCUGCUUGCCUAUUGUCCUGUAGCCCAUCCCAGCCUUGUGCAGUUCUACAAUUUUAUCCCUGAUGUCCUUACACAGCUCUCUGGUCUUGGCCAUUAUGGAGAGGUUGGAGUCUGUUUGAUUGAGUGUGUGGACAGGUGUCUUUUAUACAGGUAACGAGUUCAAACAGGUGCAGUUAAUACAGGUAAUGAGUGGAGAACAGGAGGGCUUCUUAAAGAAAAACGAAAGGUCUGUGAGAGCCGGAAUUCUUACUGGUUGGUAGGUGAUCAAAUACUUAUGUCAUGCAAUAAAAUGCAAAUGAAUUACUUAAAAAUCAUACAAUGUGAUUUUCUGGAUUCCGUCUCUCACAGUUGAAGUGUACCUAUGAUAACAAUUACAGACCUCUACAUGCUUUGUAAGUAGGAAAACCUGCAAAAUCGGCAGUGUAUCAAAUACUUGUUCUCCCCACUGUAGGUCCUGACCUCGGUGUCCUCAUAUGUAGUUACGGCCCUGCAUACAUCAUUGUUUUCAUCCAAACAAAAUAAUGAUGAUCUAAAAUAAAUAAGGGUGAAUAUUAAACAAUUAAGUAAAAUAAUCAUGGUUUAUUUUAUUUUUUAAAGAAAGUAGUUGUUUUGAACAAUAUCACUUUUUGAGGGGAUUGAACACAUAUUUCAGGAAGGCUUUUUGCUUUUGAAAGUAGGAUUUAUGAGGACAUAUGAAUAUGAAUAUUUAGGCACUGUUUUGACAAAAAAUAAAUAAAUCCUUCUUCCCACUGUGGAACCAGGAGACAGACAGCCGAGGAGCGCGAGGCAGAGAGACAGCAGGCCAACCGUCUAAUGCUGCAGCUCCAACAGGAGGCCUUUCAGAAGACCCUGAGCCAGCCCCUGCAGCAGGACCCCCUCUGCCUGCACAACUCCUCCUUGUAUGCCCUACAGAACCUACAGCCCUGGGCGGAGGACAACAAGGUGACCUCCGUCACCUCCCUGGCAUCUGUGGUCUGACUGUCCGUGUGUGUGUUGGUGGUGUGUUUGUGUGUGUGCAUCUGUGUGUGCAUCUGUGUGUGCAUCUGUGUAAUUCAUAAUGAGAAUAUAAUAGUAAUAUUGAGGAUUUUUCUAAGGGGAAAUGUGGGUGGGCCAUUUGUUGGGGAGUGA